AUAAUAUGCGUAAGCUCUUCGGUAAGAAGAUAAAUCUGAGUGUUUUGAGAUUAUGUUGUAAUGUGAAUCAGACAGGGAUGUAUUAAAAUUGAAAUCUCUAGUUAUUGUAUGUGUUAUCUCCGAUGUUUUAAAUGUAUACCGAUUCAGAAUCUGUGAUAUUGUUAUCUAAAAUCUUUUAAAGCAAUUUUAAUUCUGUGAAGAUAUUAAAUAUUAGCAUAGGUUACCAAAAACGUCUAGUCUUCCAUAAAUUUAGUUGUUUCCAAAAUGGGAAAAUUGAAAGAAACUUUAAAAGAAGGAGCAAUUCAAAUUGGCUCUGGAGGCUCAGCAGGUUUUGUUGAGGUGUGUAUUAUGCAUCCUCUUGAUUUAGUAAAAACAAGACUACAAAUACAGUCAAAAUCAACGGAUAGAAAUGAUUCAAGAUAUUACAGAGGCAUUAUUGAUUGCUUUGGAAAAAUGUAUAAACAUGAAGGUUUGUUAUCUUUUUGGAAAGGUAUAUUACCUCCUAUUUUAGCGGAAACUCCUAAAAGAGCUGUAAAAUUUUUCACUUUUGAACAAUACAAACAGUUUUUUAUGUUUGGAUCCUUAACUCCUACUCCAUUGACUUUCUCACUAGCUGGUCUUGGAGCAGGUGCAACUGAAGCAGUGUUUGUAAAUCCUUUUGAAGUGGUGAAAGUCUCCCUACAAGCUAAUAAAUUAAAAACUAAAGAAGCACCGAGUACUUGGACUGUUACAAGAACUAUUAUUAAUGAAAAUGGUUUUGGAUUGAAAGGGCUCAAUAAGGGACUUACUGCUACUAUUGCCAGAAAUUCAAUUUUCAAUAUGUUCUACUUUGGAUUUUAUCACUCAGUGAAAGGUUUACUUCCCGAAUAUGAAAAUCCCUAUCGAGAAUUCUUCAAGAAGAUUGGGCUAGGUUUUAUUUCUGGUAGUGUGGCUUCAUGUCUGAAUAUCCCCUUUGAUGUAGCCAAAUCUAGAAUUCAAGGACCUCAACCGGUUAUUGGCGAAGUUAAAUACAGGACAACUAUAAAUUCAAUUGUUAUAGUUUAUCGAGAAGAAGGGUUUGCAGCAUUAUAUAAAGGCCUCCUGCCAAAAGUAUUACGUUUGGGACCUGGGGGGGCUAUUAUGUUGGUAGUAUAUGAUUACAUGCAUGAAUACCUGACAAAAAUUUUGAAAUAACUGUCUAAAUGUUGUGUUUUCAUUUUAGACAGUUUUUAAAAUAUCAUAUCAGUUUUAAAAUGCUAAAACGAAUGUCCGCAGAUGGUUAUUAUAGUAUGUGCAGUAUAUGAUAUAAUUAAUUUGCUAAAAUUGAAAAUCUCAAAAAACAAAUUCAUUUUCCAAAUAAGGUCUAUCGUAACCUAUCAAAAAAGGUUUGAAUUAGUUUUUAUAAGAAAAGUGGUGUAUAAAAAUAUUCCACUGCUAAAAAACUUUGAUAAAUUAAUUUAAAGGCUACAAUAAUAAAGUAUAACAUACUAAUUGCCAUUUUCUUCAUGAAAUAGUUAAACCUUAGUUUGCAUUAUCUGCUAUCUGGAAAAUUAACUAAAGUUAACUAAAAGAUAACUACGAGUGAAGAAAAGUAAUAGUAUUUUUAAAUCUCAUAAUUACUUUUUUAAAGUUUUCUGUUUUAAACAAAUCACCUUGUGAGUUGACAUUGACAUUUUUAAUUGGAACCUAUUAGAUGCUUAUUCUUGGUAAAACAUGUUUUUCGAAAUAAAUUCACCAUAAUUUUCUGAUUGUGAUUCAACUUUAUUUUUAUUAGUAUAACUGACAAAAAAUUCACUUUUUUUAAUUUAAAAAUUGGUAUCUGAUUCCACAGGCUUGCACUUCUCCAACGAAACGAGUCCUAAUAAAUUGACGUUUUGGGUGUCUGAAGGUGAACUCUAUGCUCAUGAGCCACGUCUGCUUGUCUAGUAGGUCCUGUAAAUACUGCUGAAGUUGAGAAGAGAAUCUGCUGUAGUGUUAUCGGGCAAACAGAGUCAAGUCAGCGACAUUUCUGCUAUGCUCUAAACUAUCCAAGUUUUUGGUCAACUCUAGGUCGCCUAUAAGUCGAUAGGUACUAUCGUUAGCGAAGCUAUAGAUCGGGUUUGCAGGUUUGUUGAGUAGAUCGUUGAUGUACAGGAGAAAGAGAGUAAGUUGCAUCUCUGCAGAACACCAUUGUUGACCUUAAACCUUUCUAAGGUGUGUCCAUCAAUACCGUCCUGUAUGGAUCAGUCUUUGAGAAAGCUACUAAGCCAGACGAUAAGUGACAACGAUAAAACGUACGAUAUAAUAUAUUUAGAAGAAUUGCAUGCCAAAAGCCUUCGAUAUGUAAAGGGAGAUUGCUUUGGCUUACCCAUAUUUCACUUCAUACUCUGGUGACAUAGACAAGGAGAUCUCCAGUUGAUCUAUGUUUACUAAAGCCGUAUUGAUGACGCUGAUGAUGUUAGCAGACUCAAGAUAUUUCAAGAUUUGCUGGUUAAUGACUUUCUGACUUUUCUAUGAACUCAGUAAUGGCUGGGACUAAAGCAAUUGGGCGGUAGUUGUUAGGGACCGUCUUUUUUCCUUUUCAAGAUAUGGGUUGAAACCGAGCGAAUUCCAAAUCUGCAGGGAAGAAUGAAUGGAGUUAUAAUAGCUUUAUUCAUAUUUUCUGUUCCAAAUUACUCUUUCAAUUUUGGAUUUUUUAAUAGUUUUGCUUCUGAAUAUCGUACAUGUCGGAGACCCAUCAUGGUGUGCCUCCCAGUGAAGCAAACAGCACCUGUUGGUGUUUUAGCAGCCAUGGUAAAAUGAUGAGGUCGCUACCCUCGUGUGUACGUGUUUGACAAUUCCAAAUUUUAAAUCAUUGCAAUAAUUUUUUAUAAAACAUUUAUUUAAUCAAAGCUUUUCUUACCUAUACAUAAAAUAAAAAAAUUCAUCUCACUUUGAAAAUAUAGUAAAAAUAAAUAAAUAGUGAUUUAUCGUGGGCAUUAUCAUUAAGAUUCCAAAGAGGUGAAUGUGAUAGUAUUUAUUAGAGACAUUAUACAUUAUGUGAAUCCUGUUGCAUUUUGAAGUAUUUUGAUUGUAUACAGGUUACUUCUAAAUUCAUUAAUAAAAAUUCCAUAUGUGAUUGCCAGUAUGCAAUUAUGAUGGAUCAUCACAAAAUUUCAUCAGCCCACUCCGUACCCAACAAUUAUGUUUUAUUUUUUUUUUCUCAAACAACAAAAAAGUAACAACAAACAUAUUUCUCUGUUAUAAUGCAGAGUAUGAAUCUAAGACAUUUUAGUAGACUAUAUUAUAAGUUUUUCCGUCGAGUGCAAAUAUGUGUAAAUUCCAGCCAUAAGACACACACGAACAGGAUAUAUAUAAUUGACCAUGAGAGAAUCGGGGCUUUUCUAAACUCCCCAUACCUGUAAUAUCUGCCCUUGUGCUUUAUAUUUUGAAUUGGAAUGGAAGUUCAGUAGAAAUCUAACCAAAAAAUGACACAUAACCUCAACAAUUCAAAUAGAUUUAUACGCGAAAAUUACGAAGUGAGUGACAUCUGUUAAUUUUCUCUCAAACUCCAGUAGAGGUGAACAACAAAGCCGGAAUACCAACAAAUUUUGUUGUUCUAUAAACACAGAACAGAAAGUGUUAUUUGAAAUUUUAGUCUAAAUAGAAAAACAACAUACCUGUUUAAAGUUAUUUUCUAAUAGAAAAAUAACCACAUAUCCAAAGAUGCAUUUAGAAAACAAUAAAAACGUGGUAAAAAUUGUAGUGUUACAAAUGUUCUAUUCUAAUGGCCAAUAAAACUCUUGUGUCUCU